GGCGAGCUCAUUCGUUCUUGUCAUUUUUCUGUGAUGCUAGCUCGUUACACAAAAACUCGUAUUUUAUUGCUUUAAAAUGGCUGACACCGGUUUACGUAUGAAUUUUGGUGCUCUUAAGAGGGCAGAUCCAUAUGCUAGAGAAAUAAUUGAUAGCGCUACCCAUGUUGCGCUGUAUACAUUUGAAGAAAACGAAUGGGAGAAAACGAACAUCGAAGGUGCUUUGUUUGUGUACAGUAGAAAUGGAGAACCAUAUCACAGUCUUGUGAUUAUGAACAGGUUGAGUACGAUUAAUUUAAUCGAACCAGUGUCAAAAGGUAUAGAGUUACAAUUGAAGGAGCCGUUUCUAUUGUAUCGCAACGCCAAGUGUCGUAUUUACGGCAUAUGGUUUUAUGAUAAAGACGAGUGUGUUCGGGUAGCUACGAAGUUGAAUUCGUUGGUGAAAGAGUCUAUGAAACAGGGUCCUGUAGAAAAUAUGCCACAAACCCCCGUUUACAGUGCGUCUACACCUUCAACAGCACCCGUCGACAUCUUUAGUAUGUUGAGUAAAGCUCAAGACGAUUUCAAUUCUAAUAAGGGAGUCGGGGCUAACAAGAACGACUCGACAACAUCGAGGGCACCUGAUAUGACGUCACAAAGUGUAAUGGACUUUUUUGCUAAAGCUGGUAGUGGAGCUGCUGCACAAAUGCCAGCUGUAUCAUCACUGCCGUCGCCGGGCAUAUUCGGGCCGAGACCGUCGGAUUCUCGAGAAGCUCCUUUGUUGCUGCAAAGGCUUAUGAGUAAUCCAGCACAUUCUGUGGAACAUAUAGAGAAACAACAACGCUCUGUUACACCCCAAGAGGCUCAGAGUUCGAAUGGUAACAUAACCUUAGACUCUGCUAUGAGGCAGUCUAGUACUUACCAAAUGAAAUCAACACCAAUUGAAAAACAAAAUCCUCAAAGGAUACCAGGUAUGAAAAAAGGACAAACACUGGAUGGUAUGGAUAAUGGACCUAACCCAUUGGAUUUAGAUUUGAAUUUGAUGCAUAUUUCAUCACCAAAGCCAACAUCGCCAUUGGCUGCUUAUUUGAACCAAUCUCAGGAUGUGAGUCACUCAGUCAGCACACUCAAUGGUAGCAAGAUGGAUGAUGUAGCAAUAUAUCCUUUAAUGAACUCUAUGAAUACUCCACAAAAGCCAGCUCUGAUGCCACCAACAAUGUUUACGGCCAGCACUGGUGGUGACACGCAGCCAUCUCCAGAACCUCUCACUAGGAAUCAGCUUCUGCAAGCUUUCAACUACCUUCUCAAACAUGAUGCUGACUUUGUGAAUAGAUUACACGAGGCCUAUGUUAAAUCUUUUUCAGAAAAGGCCUUUUCGGUGUCAUAAAAUUCAUUCAUUUGGACAUGUGGCUGAUGUUGCCAGCUGCUAACGAUGUACAGUUGUAAUUUGAAGGAUAAAUCCACUAAAAUAUGUAGACCUUAUAGUUUUGUAGUGACUCAUUGUUUGGACCGAGUAUUUUUAAAUAAGUUUUAAACCUUUGACCUGUUCUUAAAUAUCUGUACUUAUACAGAAUGAAUUUUAGUGAACAUUUCUCUUUCAUUGAACUUGUGCAGUCAAAGAUAUUCCUUGAGCAGCUGUUUGUGAUAUUUAUAUUGGCUUCAGCUUGAGGUCCACAUUGAUAAUUUGAAUACCAUCCAUAAUAUACAGAAGACUUCAUUUUCCCUUUUUUAUAUUAUCUUUCGAGUUCAUUGGUUAAUUGAAUGUUGACUAAGAUGACAAUUUGAC